AUGCCUUACUGGUCGAAGUUGGCUGUGAGUCUGGCAGAGCGUCGUCGAGCAUUUCGAACCUGGUGGCAAAGUCGAGACGGAUAUGAUACUGAUUUCUUCGGCGUGGUUUGUUGUGCAUGUUUCUGGGGUGGUCGGACGCCACAUUGGAACUUGAUGGUCGAAGGCGAACCUGAAGUCUCAGCAACGCUGCGUAUGAUCCCGGCAUUGGGCGAGGGAGUUAUGGAGGUUAAUGUCUUACACGUCGACGACAUCGACAGGCCGCCUUUCGAGAGAUUUGACGAGCUGGGAAAAGUUUGGCUAACCGACGGCACGAGCUUUCCCGUGACUGAGGUCGCAUGGCUCUCGAUCGACAUCACCGACGACCUGAUGUAUCAAUCGGUUUUGCUCGCCACGCUGCGGGACAGGAGAAACAAGCAGCGAAACGCGAGCUUACGUACAGAACUUCAGCUCUGGUUCCCUGGCAGUCUGCAAUCCUUAGAGCCCGCUUUUCGUCGUCUGGAAAAAAACAACUCCUUUUGUCGCGAUGCUUCUACAGCUUGCCCUGCUGUCUUCUUUUUUGAGCUGGAGACUGAGAGCAAGCGUCUGCCCAACAUGUUUGCAAAAGCACAGCUAACGACUGCGAUAGCAGCAUUUUGCGAGCUCAAAUUCGUAGCCGUCAGAGGGGCUGAAGUAAGCUUGUCAGUCGCCAUGCAGACUCCCGCCACGAGGACUCCCCUCAAGAAGACUCUCCACGACAUCAAGGUGCAGUUGGAAACGGGGAAGAGCCUACGAGGCGUUCCGCUGACCGAAGAGCAGAUGGUAGCACUUAGGACUCGUCAGCAGGAACUCAGGCGGCAGCAGGUCGCCAAUCGAAGUGCGGCCGUCGCCGUGCUGACGGAGCACCAAACGACGGAGACCAACCGCAUGAUCGGAUCCGUGGAGGCCGCUACUGCCACAGUGUGUCAAGACGUCGGCAACGCCAUCGCGGCGUCUGAGCACAGGACCCGCGACUUUGUGCUGGAGUCUGAGAACAGGCUUUUGGGCACCUUGCGAUCCUUGUUCGAGAGGCCUCGCAGGGCUAGCAACGCGUCCCAGGCGGCGGAUGGAGCCAAUCCCGAGGGCGGCAAGAAGCGCAAGAUUGAUCCCGAGGCCGAGCGGAAGAAGGAGGAGAAGAAGGCCGAGAACGCCCGCAAGAAAGAUGAGAAGAAAUCCGAGGCCGAUCGCAAGAAGCGCGAGCGCGAGCACAAGAAAGCCGAGAACGACGAGAAGAAAGCCCAGAAGAAAGCCGACGCCGAUCGCAAGAAGAGCGAGGCUGCCGAGAAAAAGCGCAAGAAAGACGAAGCCUCGCACCAGAAGAUUGUCGACAAGUACAACAAGAGCUGUGAGAAACAGAACAAGAUUCAGUCCGACGCAGCUGAGGGCCCGUCUGCUGAGGGCGCCAACGCGGCCCCGUCAGUCAGCAAAUCGCUGAGGGCGUUCUUUGCUAAGAAAUGA